ACUGUUAUUAGUUUUUUCUCGAGACAGUGGUUAUUCAUUGUGAUAUUCAGUUUUUACGUAGUUUCUAGUGUUGAGUUCUGUUUUUAAUAUAGAGCACAGUAAACAGUUCUUAAAAGCGAUAUAUAGAUUAAGUUAAUUUCCAAAUUCAAUUUUACUUGAUAGAUAUCAAAAUGCAGAUUUUUGUAAAAACGCUUACUGGAAAGACCAUAACUUUGGAAGUCGAACCUUCGGAUACUAUUGAAAAUGUUAAAGCCAAAAUUCAAGACAAAGAGGGAAUCCCACCAGAUCAGCAACGAUUGAUCUUUGCAGGAAAACAAUUGGAGGAUGGACGUACUCUUUCCGAUUACAACAUUCAAAAAGAGUCUACUCUCCAUCUUGUUUUGCGUCUUCGCGGAGGUAUGCAGAUCUUUGUUAAAACCCUUACGGGUAAAACUAUAACGUUAGAGGUAGAGCCUUCUGAUACUAUUGAAAACGUGAAGGCUAAAAUCCAAGACAAGGAAGGCAUCCCCCCAGAUCAACAACGUUUGAUUUUCGCUGGUAAACAAUUAGAAGAUGGUCGUACUCUCUCCGACUACAACAUCCAGAAGGAAUCUACACUCCAUCUCGUACUACGAUUGCGUGGUGGUAUGCAGAUCUUCGUCAAGACCUUGACUGGCAAAACCAUCACCCUAGAAGUCGAACCUUCAGACACAAUUGAGAAUGUAAAAGCGAAAAUCCAAGACAAAGAAGGUAUCCCUCCCGACCAACAGCGUCUGAUCUUUGCUGGUAAGCAGCUGGAAGACGGCCGUACACUUUCUGACUACAACAUCCAGAAGGAAUCGACACUCCAUCUCGUACUACGUCUGCGUGGUGGUAUGCAGAUCUUCGUCAAGACCUUGACUGGCAAAACCAUCACACUAGAAGUCGAACCUUCCGACACAAUUGAGAAUGUAAAGGCGAAAAUCCAAGACAAGGAAGGCAUCCCUCCAGACCAACAGCGUCUGAUCUUUGCUGGUAAGCAGCUGGAAGACGGCCGUACACUUUCUGACUACAACAUCCAGAAGGAAUCGACACUCCAUCUCGUACUACGAUUGCGUGGUGGUAUGCAGAUCUUCGUCAAGACCUUGACUGGCAAAACCAUCACCCUGGAAGUCGAACCCUCCGACACCAUAGAGAAUGUAAAGGCAAAAAUCCAAGACAAGGAAGGCAUCCCUCCAGACCAACAGCGUCUGAUCUUUGCUGGUAAGCAGCUGGAAGACGGCCGUACACUUUCUGACUACAACAUCCAGAAGGAAUCGACACUCCAUCUCGUACUACGAUUGCGUGGUGGUAUGCAGAUCUUCGUCAAGACCUUGACUGGAAAAACCAUCACACUAGAAGUCGAACCUUCAGACACAAUUGAGAAUGUAAAGGCGAAAAUCCAAGACAAGGAAGGCAUCCCUCCAGACCAACAGCGUCUGAUCUUUGCUGGUAAGCAGCUGGAAGACGGCCGUACACUUUCUGACUACAACAUCCAGAAGGAAUCGACACUCCAUCUCGUACUACGAUUGCGUGGUGGUAUGCAGAUCUUCGUCAAGACCUUGACUGGCAAAACCAUCACACUAGAAGUCGAACCUUCGGACACAAUUGAGAAUGUAAAGGCGAAAAUCCAAGACAAGGAAGGCAUCCCUCCCGACCAACAGCGUCUGAUCUUUGCCGGUAAGCAGCUGGAAGACGGCCGUACACUUUCUGACUACAACAUCCAGAAGGAAUCGACACUCCAUCUCGUACUACGAUUGCGUGGUGGUAUGCAGAUCUUCGUCAAGACCUUGACUGGCAAAACCAUCACACUAGAAGUCGAACCUUCGGACACAAUUGAGAAUGUAAAGGCGAAAAUCCAAGACAAGGAAGGCAUCCCUCCCGACCAACAGCGUCUGAUCUUUGCCGGUAAGCAGCUGGAAGACGGCCGUACACUUUCUGACUACAACAUCCAGAAGGAAUCGACACUCCAUCUCGUACUACGAUUGCGUGGUGGUAUGCAGAUCUUCGUCAAGACCUUGACUGGCAAAACCAUCACCCUGGAAGUCGAACCCUCCGACACCAUAGAGAAUGUAAAGGCGAAAAUCCAAGACAAGGAAGGCAUCCCUCCAGACCAACAGCGUCUGAUCUUUGCUGGUAAGCAGCUGGAAGACGGCCGUACACUUUCUGACUACAACAUCCAGAAGGAAUCGACACUCCAUCUCGUACUACGAUUGCGUGGUGGUAUGCAGAUCUUCGUCAAGACCUUGACUGGCAAAACCAUCACCCUGGAAGUCGAACCCUCCGACACCAUAGAGAAUGUAAAGGCGAAAAUCCAAGACAAGGAAGGCAUCCCUCCAGACCAACAGCGUCUGAUCUUUGCUGGUAAGCAGCUGGAAGACGGCCGUACACUUUCUGACUACAACAUCCAGAAGGAAUCGACACUCCAUCUCGUACUACGAUUGCGUGGUGGUAUGCAGAUCUUCGUCAAGACCUUGACUGGCAAAACCAUCACCCUAGAAGUCGAACCCUCCGACACCAUAGAGAAUGUAAAGGCAAAAAUCCAAGACAAGGAAGGCAUCCCUCCAGACCAACAGCGUCUGAUCUUUGCUGGUAAGCAGCUGGAAGACGGCCGUACACUUUCUGACUACAACAUCCAGAAGGAGUCUACCUUGCAUUUAGUUCUCCGUCUCAGAGGCGGUAUUUGAAUAAUAAUUUAUUCAAUUAAUAUCCUUUGCAGUAUUAAUAUUCAAUCAAUUAUUCAGAUUCAUGUAACCAUUCCAAUUUCGACAUGCAAUAAACGAUUUCCUUCUGAACGA